CAGCAGGACGCACUCACGUCAGACGUCACACUCUGGCUUGUUUUGGCCGUUUGUUUCGAUAUCCGGCGAUCAAGCCCUGUCGAUGUGCUGGACAUUGUGACUUAGAGGAUCCUGUGUGUGCAUGGGUGUUUGUGUGUGGAAGAGUGAGAGAAGGUGGAAACCUCAGGGAGCCUGUGUGUCUUAUCAUGACUGACGGAUCCAGCGAUGAUGAUGUCAUCCACCUGGCUAGUUUCAACACCCAUCGCAGUCAAGGUAAAAGAGUUAAGAAGAGGAUGUACAUAACCAUAUCGUCUGACUCUGAAGAUGAACCAGUCAGAUUCGUACCAAACACCCAUGUCGUGGUCAGGGAUGAUGAUGAGGAAGACGAAGUGAGCAUCUUGGAGCCCUUACCUCAUCGUGAACUCAUCCGGCCUGCUGCAAAGUGGGGCGCAAAUACCUUCCCAAACCAGGCAUUCGGAUCCAACGGACAUCCCACCACUGCACACUCCCACCAAUCUUCUGUAGCCACUGCACAUUCUACAUUAGGAAAGCAAGCCAUAGGUGUCUUAACUACGGACCCGAAUUCUGUACCAUCAACAUCUAGAGAAUAUGCCUUGCACAGACCUCCAUUGCCUGUUAGGAACUCGCUGCCCCCUCAUACGGACUCCUCAUCCAGUGCUCGCUCGGAAAACCAGGCGAAUUCUGUUUUAACUCCGCCCAUCCCCGAAUCAGGUCAAACGGACUCGGCCCACAGAAUUAACGUGGUCAUCCGGCAGAGAAUCGAGAAGCACACUAAGAGGCCUCUGACGCCACAGGUGGCUGCGCUGGUGGAGAUCAAACCAGAACAAGAGCAACCACGGCCUGUGGCUACCGUUUCUCCCGCAGGUUUCCUCGCUCCAACUGAGAACGAAAGGCCUGGACCUUCAGUGCCUAGAGAGCCCCCAGUAUAUCAGGCCCCUGAGCAGACGCGCCUCGAAACCCUCGUGAAAGGAGUGAUGGACCUUUUCCCAGAUGUUCAGGAAGCAUAUGUAGCAGAACUUAUAGAGACAGGCGACCUAAAAGAUUUAAAUGUAAUAUGCAAUAUGUUAUUGGAAGGACCUGAUUAUCCGAAAAAAGCAAACUCAGUUUUGACACAAAGCAGUGUUCUCCUUGAGACUGGUGACUCUGAGACGCAGGAAAGUGAAAACUAUUUUGAUUAUUCCAAACUGAAGCCUGUUGGCUCAGAAGUUGUAUUGCAAGCUGCCGAUUUGCUGAUGGGUGACUUCAAAAUGUUGAGCUGUCAGGAUAUCAAAUGGGCCCUGAAUUGCCUGAAAGGACACUAUGCAAUCACACGAAAGGCCUUAUUCGAUGCCCUCAAGAAGUGGCGGGAGAACUCCACUGACCCCUCAGGGAAGAAGAAGAAACGCAAAGAGCCAAAUGAACGCGCCUUCAUAGUCUUCAAGUUUGAGCAUGGUUCCUUUAAACUGGAGAGAAAGAUGUACUUCUUAGAGAAGAACCGACGAUUGAGCCGAGGUAUCGAGACCUCCACGCUGGAAGCAUCUCUCUUGAAAGAGCUCCAGUUCUAUGAGCAGAAAGCCAAGGAGAUGGCUGAGCAUGAAGACUUCCUCUUGGCUUUGCAAGUGAACGAGGAGCAGUAUCAAAAGGAUGGACAGUUGAUCGAGUGCGGGUGCUGCUGUGGAGAGUUUGCCUUCGAGGAAAUGACACAGUGUACGGAUGGCCAUCUUUUCUGCAAAGAAUGCCUGGUCAAGUAUGCACAGGAGGCUGUUUUUGGCUCAGGACGGUCAGAGCUGAGCUGUAUGGAUGGGAGCUGCACUUGUUCCUUUCCCACCAGUGAACUGGAGAAAGUUCUACCUGAAAACAUCCUCUGCAAAUAUUACGAACGUCAGGCGGAAGAGGCCAUAGCAGCCACCUGUGCUGAUGAACUAGUCCGGUGUCCGUUUUGUAAUUUCCCAGCACUUUUGGACAAAGACAUCUCUCUGUUCAGUUGCCCAAAUCCUCGCUGCAGAAAGGAGAGUUGCAGGAAGUGCCAUGUGGUGUGGAAGGAGCACGCAGGAAAGACCUGUGAGCAGGUGCUGGAGAGAGACGAGAUCCGGCUGCGGGUGGCCUUCGAGGAGAAAAUGACUGCAGCCCGCGUCAGGAAGUGCCACAAGUGUUCCACGGGUCUGGUCAAAUCUGAGGGCUGCAACCGAAUGUCGUGUCGCUGCGGCGCCUUCAUGUGCUACCUCUGCCGGGAGCCUAUCAACGGCUACAACCACUUCUGCCAGCACGCUCGCUCGCCUGGCGCUCCCUGCCGACACUGCAAGAAGUGUUCGCUGUGGACGGACCCCACGCAAGACGAUGAGCGAAUAAUUCAGGAGAUCCAGAAAAAGGGUGAAGCAGAGUUAAAUAAGAAGAACAAUCAGACAGAAACUACAGGGAAGAGAGUGGGCCCUCCCCCGGAGCCAAUCCCAGCGAAACGGCCUCGCGUCGGUCCGCAGGCCCCCAAUGCAGUUCCUCAGGCCGUACGCGCCCCGCUGCUCAUCCCCCAGGUCAUGUUACCUGGACCACAGCGUCUCUUUCUCCAGCCCAUUCCGGCUCCCUACGUGCCCCCAUUACCCAACCUUCCUCUUAUGAACUACAACCCACGUAACCUGAACUUUGACUUCAAUAUGCCUAUGCACUAUGGACCACAUAAUCGUUUCUUCAGACCUCUUUGAGGACACCACGGUACAAAGAGUCACACUCAAAACUGACGAAUUCCAGACUUGUGUCUUAAACUGUUAGCCCUGCUUUUUCUACGAAUUUUGUUAUGGGAAGCAAACUGUUUUUCUGGAGGGCUUAAGAAUGCAGCAGAGUGCCUGCUGGAUCGGACCCUUCCGUUGAAAGUGUUUUUUGAAUGAAUGUCGGAGUGAAUAAUACAAACUGAUUCUGUUUGUUUUUGGUUAAAUAAAACAAAACUGGU